AUGAGUUCCGCCGACGAAACAGUCGCCAUCGUCGGCGCUGGGCUCGCCGGGCUCACGCUCGCACUAGCACUGCACCAACAAAAUGUCCCCGCCACCGUCUACGAAUCGCGUUCUGCCCCGCUGAACAUUGGCGGCGCGGUCAUGUUGUCGCCAAAUGCUCUCAGGAUCCUCGACGAUCUCGGGCUGUACGAACCGAUCAAGACCAAAGGCUACAACUUUGACCUGCUCGAGUAUCGCGACCUGGAAGGUAACCUCGUCGACACCUACGAGUUCGGCGGCACUGCCAAAUACGGCUACCGGGGCCUUCGCAUCUACCGCUAUGUUCUCAUCGACCUGCUCGUUGCCGGUCUCGCUCAACGGGGCGUCCGCGUGGAGUACGGCAAGAAGUUCUCUCAUGUCGUCAGCGAUACGCCGCAGGGAGUCAAGUUUGCGUUUACCGACGGGACGACACUAGAGACGCCCCUGCUAGUGGGCGCGGACGGGAUACACUCAACUGUUCGCGGACACCUUUAUCCGGGCCUUGAAACCACAUUCAUAGGCAUGGCUGGCAUCACCGCUGCCGUGCCGACUGCACAGCUCGAGCUCCCACCCGGCUACCAUCUCCCCGUCACCAUCAUGUCGCGGGAAAAAGGCGCCUUCGUCAUCGCACCGCAAGAGUCUGACGGCUCCGAGGUGCUCAUUGGCAAGCAGAUGCGUGUGACGGGUAUCCAGGAUCGACCGGGGUGGGAUCGAGACUUUGUCAACGACAAAGAUUCAGCCGUCGCCUUCUUGCAGCAGGGCAACGACGCAUUUCCUGACUUUGUGAAGAAGGCUGUCUCAAAAAUUGAUCAAGCAAAAGUCAACAAAUGGCCUUUCUUCGUGGUACCGAAGCUGGAGCGUUGGGCGUCCGAGACGCGCAAAGUCAUCAUCGUCGGCGACGCUGCGCACGCCAUCCCACCUUCUGCAGGCCAAGGCAUCAACCAGGCGUUCGAGGACGUCUACAUGCUUGCGCUGCUGCUCGGCCGCAAAGGAGUGGACAUGGCGGAGGCUCUGAGCUUUUGGCAAAAUUAUCGCCAGGAGCGAGUGAACCGGAUUGUGGAGUUGAACAAGCUGAUUGACCAGAGGAGAAUGCCUGCAGAUGAUGCAGUGAUGGGCCAGGGAGCUGAGGUUCGACAGGAAGCGUUUGAUUUGGGCUGGCUAUACCGACCUAACUUUAAAAGCGACGUGGAGCAAUGGCUGUCCAAGCGCUGA